AUGCAUAUUGUGCUUCUCUCGGUGUUUGCGAUCCAAUUGGUCUUCUCCGGUUUUGAUCAACGUUGGUCUGCCUUUCACCACGGCAUCGACAACACAGAGGCGGACACAGCGCAGGUGGUUUUGGAUCGGACAUAUGUCCACCAGCCCGGUGGACAGAGAUCUCAAGAGAUGUAUACCAGUGGAUGGAACUACAAUCAGGGCUGGGAGAACCAACAGAAUUGGGGAGGCCGAGAUCGUUCUCAGAGCCGCUCCCACACACCAAAGAAGGGUCGCAAACCGAAGGGCGCGAAGACGCCACGGAGCACGGCCCCAGAGGGAAAGGGGACACCUAUGAUGCCAUUCCCUCCAGCCCACAGUUUUGGGAAGGGUCAGCCUCUUCCGCCGCCUCCGAUGCCCUGGCCGGGCUAUCAAGGGAUGGCACCAAUGGCACAGCCCAUGAUGAUGCAGCCCCCCAUGCAGCCGAUGACUGCGCCCAUGCCUCCAGUGGCACCAGCACCGCCACAACUGGCACAGACGAUAGCGCCGGUUGCGCCGCCCUUCUCAGCGCCGGCCCCACCACAGGCAUCGAUGAGUUCGGAACAGAUGGAAUUCAUCGAAAUGGCCAGAGCCAGGCAAUCAGAACUCCCUGCAGAUAUGAGGCAUCAAAUGCAAAAGAUGGCCAAAAAAGAGGGAGCCAGGGCCACCAAGGACUUGCACAGCGCUGUCAAACAACUUGGCAUCGCACGAGCAGAAGUCGAGGAGGCCAUUCAAGCCCGCAUCAAUCUGAUCGCGUCUUGGAAAAAUUUUCUUUCAGAAGCGGUCAAGACGUGGCAAGACUACACGGUCCUGUUUCAGACGCAAGAGAGAGGACUUCAGGCAAGGAUUCUGGAAGCUCAGGAAAGCUUUGCGCAAGCAAAGAGCCAAGCUGCGGAGUCCCAGCUCGUUGCGGGCAAGCUGACCAUCGAGAUCAAGGACGAGGACGACGACCCCGCAGAGGGACAGGAGUCAGCGAACCUCUCCGCGGGCAAGAUCAACGAAGGGUUGGCCACAUUGUCUGCGUCCUUACAGCAGAUGAAGGAACAGGCAGACGCCAUUGUUGUGGAGGAGAAUGCGGCGAAGAGGCAGCGUACUUCCCAACAUGGGGAGCAAGCUAUGGAGGUGGGCGAACUGGCCGAUUCCAAUUCUUCGUCCAAGCCGCCUUUUGCCUCGACAUCGCCAUGGAGCCGCCCAAAUUUGGAGGAUGAAGAGUCCAGUCACAGAACCUUUGACCUCAUUGCGACUUCAGAUUCAUCAAGUGGCAUUUUUGUGAGAGGUCUGAAUCCACGACCUGUGUGGGCUCAAGACAUUUUUGAACUUCUACAACAAGAAGGACAGCCUGAGGCAGACGAUGAUGAACCGGUCGUGUAUGUCACAUCGUACUUCAUUGAUCAUGCUGUUCAUCCUCACCAUUCUCAACCUCGGCUCCUGCGCUUUGACAUGGACGUGCUGGAAUGGGAGCGAGACGUGUGCCUGAUCUGGGAAGACUACAUCGAUGUCACUAUUCCCUUUGAUGUCACCAUUGUUCGGCCUGCGUCCCCACAUCAGAUCUUUCCAGAUGCUGCUGCGACUGCCAUCGUUCACCAACGUGCUAACUUUGACAGGGCAGCGGCUCUGAUCACUACAGUGCACAUCAUGGACCCGACAACAAGGUUUUCUGAAUGUGCUCAUUCCUUUCCUCGACAAGUUGACACUGCAGAAGUGCUACAAGCUGCACAAGUCGCAGAACUUUGUCAAGAAAGAAGAUCAUCAGGUUUUGGAGAUUGCACACUUCAUUCAGGGCAAUUGUUACUGCCAGAUGGACACCAACAUCAGCUUCAUCAUGGCAUCGGUCUUCAUCUGCGAAUCCCUCCUGCUCUUAGUGAGGCUGAGCAAGAGCAAAACUUCGAGAGAAGAGUGCGACAAAGACAACUCCAACACCCUCCGCAUGCAUGGAAUCCUGCUCCUGAGGCAGAUUCUCCAGAGACGCAACGACCAAGGCCUGCCGAUCAACAUGCAGGCCCAGAAGAUGCAACUUCUUUCAUGGCUAGCUCACUGACAAUUCAAGAUGCAGUGGUGUCUUCGUCCUCUGGGAGAAGCUCCAGAAGCAGGACAAGCUCUUCAUCAUCAUCAAGGUCCAUCUCCAUUUCAAGUGAAGCUGAGGAUUGGCGCCAGACUGUGAUCUUUUCACUGGACGGCAGAUCCAUUUCUACACAACUUCCUUGGCAUGAUCAAACUGAGCUCUACAGGCUCGCAGCAAGGGAAUUUGAUAUUGAGUCCCUAGACAUCAUACGACUUCACCUUGUACUGCACCGACCUCUGGAUUAUGUGCAAGUUGAUUUGCAUGGACUUUUGCUGCAACGGACCACAGAGGGCAGACCGACCCCCUUUGAGCGUCUUGUUCUUUUGGAUCUGGAACUGCAUGUUGACAAUGACGUUCAGCCUACACCGUUCCGCAGACAUGUGCGUUGGGUGCCGUAUGCCACAGAUCGUGCAUCCUUCUUUCAUUUUCUGGGUCUGGCAAGAGUUCUGGCUGAACAUGGAGACAUAUGUUACAUGUGGCGCAAUAACAUUGUGGUCCCGCAGCGCGACACCUCCCCUAUGAACUUCUUGGACGGUGAUUAUGUCAAAAUUUUUGUCGGGGAUGCUGACAUGCAGGAACUGUGCAUUUCGGAGUCGGAUGCUGCCAUAGAGGACAAUGCCACUGUUUCAAAUGCUUCAGAUGAUGCCAGCAGCUUCUUUCAGAGAUCAGUUACGCAAUUCCAACAAGCCAUCCACGGUCUGGGUCAGCAACUCCAGGUCGUGGAGCUCAAAACGGAUCCUCAUCCUCCUGAUCCUGUUGGAGUACCUCUUGAGCAACCAAGCAGAGUCCCAGCGCCACGACGCACCAAUUUCAACAGGGGCUUUCAUCCAGAUGAUCAAAGACGCCUGGCCAGACUUUUUGAGAGAGAGGCUUUUGUUGAGUGUGAGGAAGAAGGAAGAGUUGCCUAUAUUGAAACGUGGAAUAUCCACCAGCAGCACCGCCUCCACUGCAGAGAAUCACGCCCUAUGAAACUUUAUGACAAUCCUCAUCAAUGGGCAGAAGAAAUCCUGGCGCUUUGGGAAAUCAUUGAGGAGCAAGAGAAUGACAUCAUCAUCCAUGUGGUUCAGCCCUCACCACAGUGCACGAGAUUUCAGUGCGUGCUGGCCCACGUCAUUAUUGAACAAGCUCCUCAACCCAACAUGAAUGUGGGCAUCAUCUCAAUUGAAGCUUCUGAUCACCGUGGAACCUCCAUUGAGCACGAAGCCCAUUCACUGCCGGACAUGAUGGGUCGCAACAUGGUUCUCAGGAAAGCCGAACUGGAAGUCUUCUGCCAGACUAGGAUAUGCUCAGUGAGAUUAGGUGCUUUUCCCUUUGGGCUGGUUGACAUCGAAGAGAUUCCUCGUGCAGUAUGUCUCACGAUCCACAUCAGACCGCUCAUCUUUCAGACGGACGAGUCCGACCACAUGGAACUCAUGCAGCGGCCCCAUUCGAGAUGGAGAAAACCUUCUGCACCACAAGCGGGUCAAGACCUUUCAUCAUCACCGGCACGUUGUGAGGGCACAGCUUUUGUCUUCAAUCCUGAGGCCCCUGCAUUUGACCCCGUUGCACCGGCUAUAGGCUCCAUGCCUGAGCGCGUUCAAGACUUAUAUCAUGCGUGGCAACAAACGGCCUUUAGUUGGGAGGGUGAAAGUGCAUCCACAAUGAUCAUUACAUGGUUCGUGGAUCAGCACAAUAUGGCGCUUCAUCACUGCCGUGCACCUCGUGUAGUGCGUCUUUACGAUGAUUUUGCCCAGUGGGAAGCUCAUCUCCGACAAGCCUGGUGGGAUGUUGCUCUCCCGGGAGCUCCCAUCACGAUUCAUGUUGUGGAGCCACAUCCUGCCAAUGUGGACUAUGCCCAUGUGCUGGUCAUUCAAAAUCCUCUUGAUCAGUUCUCCACCAGUCUGAUCACUGGGUAUGAUCACACAAUGAAUCAUCCUGGACCAGUUUUCCAGCUUGCAAUGACAACGCCAGAAAUCCUUCACUACGAUCAACUCCUUCUGGCCCUUGGUUUGGGUGGUCGAUGCCUUUUUCCAGGCUCACCCGCACGCUGCUCAGUUCAUUUUGGCAAUUAUGAAAUUUUCCAAGGCAUUCCUUUUCCGGCCCGGGAUGGACAUGGACUCAAAGUUCGGAUCAUGCAGAGACCGACUUUUCAAGACAUGCGGCAACAGGCUGCGGCACCUGUUUUAUUACAGCUGUCAGCUCUGAUUCAUCACAAACGGGGUAGUGAGCGCCAAACAACUGCUUCGGUGGCUCAUGAGCAGUGGCCACUCCCCAGUGAAAUCGAUCCGGACGAUCCAGACUUGAACGAUUCAACUCUGACUGCGGUCAAGAUUAAGUGGAUGCUUAGUCCUCAACCGCACCCAGACUUUGUCACACUUUCUUCUGCAUCCAACCGAGCGGCAGAAGAAGAAAUGAGUCAAUGGGGACUUCAUGUACUGCCAGUCCUGUGUCCCGAACGAAACACCUUGGUUUGUCUUCAACCCAGGGAUGUGACGUCGGAUGUCUUUGACUAUGUCUUGGUCAAUUUGAACAAGGAUGACGAUGUCGACAUUAUUGUCCACUCGACUGACAGAAUCAUGGAGCAGCAAGAGCUCAUGGGCCUUCUUUAUCAGUUUGGAUUUUGGCGAGCGGUGAUUGAAUCGCAGGAAGUUUUGGAUUUUUCGGUUUACAAGAUCAACUUCAUUGACCAGCAAGUGGCCACCAUGCAGCGACCUCGACACAUCAUCAGGGAGUCGACCUGGCCAGAGGCACAAUAUAGUUCUGAUCGACACGAGCCUUUCUUUCAGAAGCCGCAUGAAGCUAGUACCUCCUGCAUGAUUGACUUGGGUAUUACCACACAGGACCUCAUGCACCUCUUUGAGUCGCACCAGCAAUGCUUACGUUCUGAUUUUGAUGGGCUUGACAUACCGCAGGUGCUCCGAGACGCAAUCAACGCUUGUGACACAGAUCUUCAAGAUCACCAAUUGGACCGCUUGCUCAUUUAUGCAGACGGGUCUUCACUGGGAUCAGCCAAGCACCUCGCCCCGCUUCGAGCAGAGGAAGAGGGCACAGGUGACACAUGGGCCUAUGUCAUUUUGGGCGAGAGAUAUGAACCUCCUGGUCUGCGUUUCAUCGGGUGGACAGCACAUCCCGUCAUCUACGAGGCCCACCACAAGGCUCAUCUGGGAGCGAGCCGAGUUGGAGCAGAUGUUGCGGAGCGUGAAGCUCUUUCAUGGUCAGCAUUGUGGCGACUCAGCCAAAACUGGAAGAUCCCAACUUGCUUCAGAUCAGACUCACGCACAACUCUGGGCCAGGCCUCGGGUGAUAUUGGCACUGCGCAACCUGAUGAGACCUUCAAGAUCCUUCGAGGGUCGUUUCAAGCGUUAGAAGCCGCUUUGGGGCCCCAUGGCAUGCAAUACUCCCAUGUUCCUGGACACUCUGGUGAAGUUUGGAACGAGAUGUGUGAUUGGCUCGCAAAAGCAGAGCGAGAGAAGAGCUUCUACUGUCCAAGACCGAGCAUCAGCAUGAGAGAUUGGAGCCAAGUCAUUGAUUCUCUCUGGCUAGUUUUGGAUCCACGAGAUGACCUUCCUAAGUUUUGCGGAAGAGGCCUUCAUGCACCACCUCCUCGACUUCCUGACCCUCAGAAUGUUGGCGUGAACGCACAACAUGAUGAGACCAAUGUGGGGGUGACAUGGGAAGCUUUCACUCUGAGUAUCAGCGCAUGCACAGCGAAUGUUGGCUCACUCAGUGCACCUACUGAAGGUUGCAGUGGCAAGAUUGACUUUCUACGUCGACAGUUCAUUGACUUCCACUUCAACUUCCUGGGUGUACAAGAGUCCAAAUCUCCCGAAUUUUGCUCAUGCGUUGACAAGGUCCUUCGCCUCAGCUCGGGUUGCCACAAGCACCAACAAGGUGUGGAGCUGUGGAUCAAUUUAGCGCAACCAUAUGGCUACAUCAACAAGAAGCCCAUCUUCCUGGAAAGACAGGAGAUUCAAGUCGUCCACAAGGAUCCCAGGAUACUCCUUGCUCGGGUUGAGACCCCCAUCUGGCAAUGUUGGCUUCUUGUGGCGUAUGCACCGCAGUCAGGACUUCCUCUUGACCAACGGGAAAGAUGGUGGACGGAAUUGUCAGAAGUUGUGCACCGCCGUGAUGCAGGAGAACAACUCAUUGCCAUGAUUGACGCCAAUGCAGCGCCGGGGGGAAGGGAUGAUGUUGCAGUUUUCGCUGAAGGUCUGUCUGACUCAGUCAACACCCCACUUUUCCGAGGAUUUGUGACCGAACAGGACCUCUUUCUUCCCUGCACAACAGCUGCGCAUCAAGGCGACACUGCCACCUGGACAGAUCCUACAGGGGUGCAUCAUCAUUGCAUUGAUUAUGUUCUGCUGUCGAGACAUUUUAUUGAUGCUUGCAGUCUCUCAAGGGUUGUCUCCGACUUUGACCUGGGUACAUCUCAUUGGGAUCACGAACCCACGGCUGUCCAUCUGGUUUGGACAUGCAGGGUCCCGCAGCGACCACGGCGACGACAGCAGGGCCUGGGCUUUGACCCCAAUCGCAUUGAGCAGCAAACAGUCCAACAGGUUCUCCAGAGUUACCACCCCAAGUCAUGGGAUACUGACAUUGAAGAGCAGGUCAAUGAUUUCAAUCAACAUGUGAUAUCAGGUUUACGCACGGCCUGCCCACUGUCGAAAACUCAACCGAAGAAGCCCUACAUCACGGAGAAGGAGUGGCUGAUUCGCGAUGACAAACUGAGAACCAGGAAGAGCCUCAAGGCCCUUGCAAGACGACAGAAUGAUGAGAGACUGGGAGUCUUCUUUCGAGCUUGGAAGCAUGGCAGCGGCAGCUCUCUUCCAGAUCAAUGUGAACAUUACUGGUCUUACCAGAACUACCUGGGAUGCGCCAACCUUCGAUUGGUGGCCAACUACAGGAGAGCUGCGGUGAAUUUGAGGAACACUCUGAAGAAAGCAAAACAGAGCCACAUCAAGGACAAGUUCAUGGACAUGCCAGCAGAUGCCCCAGCCAGUCACAUCCUGCGUGAACGAACUGAGACCGUGUGUAGUCUCCCCAGCGAGAUGGUUGAAGUCUGGUUGGAAUUCUUCCGCCAAAUGGAGGGCGGUGUGAGGAUGGACAGAGUACAACAACGUGAGAUCUGGCGGAGCAAUCUUGCAUCCCUGCAGCUCCAUGAUUUCCAGAUUGAUGCGAAAGAGAUUCCAAGCUUGUUGGAUCUUGAGGGAGCCUUCCGACGUGUCCAUCCCAACAAGGCCACGGGCCCUGACAAGAUUCAUCCGGCCUUUUGCAAAGCCAAACCACAGCUUUUAGCAAGAGCGACCUUCAACCAACUGCUCAAGCUGACAGUCCAUGGUCAGGAGGCUUUAGCCCACAAAGGAGGGAUGCUCUGCCCCAUUUGGAAAUCGAAAGGCCCCAAAGAUGAAUGCACAGCCUAUCGCAGUAUUCUGGUGUCCAGCUUCAUAGGCAAAAGCUUACACAGGAGUCUGCGUCAACGACAGUGCACUUUGUUUGAGAAGUUCCUACAGAAGGAGCAACUGGGAGGCAGACCCAAAGUACCUGUCACCUUGGGAGUCCAUUUGGGACGAGCCUUCAUGCGAGCCCGCAAACAACAGGGACACAAUAUUGCCAUGCUGUAUUUGGAUCUUACAGAAGCAUUCUACCGCAUCCUUAGACAGCUUGUUGUGGGCGGACCGACCUCUGAUGAGCUUAUUAUGCAUGUUGGACAGCGUCUGGGCAUGUCGACUGACUUGAUGAAGGACUUGCACAACCUGCUUGAUGAGCCCACCGCUUUGGAGGCUGCGGGGUUGCCUGCUCACAUGCGGAAUGCCAUCCGAGCGAUCCAUGUGGACACGUUUUUCACAGUUCGAGGUCAGCAGGACGUCUGCCGGACUCAGCUUGGCUCUCGCCCAGGCGACUGCUUUGCAGACAUCAUCUUCUCCUAUCUUUGGAGCAGCAUUCUUCACAAACUACAACAGACUCUGUCGGACAUGGACCUUGUUGACACGAUUCCGGAUGAAUCCGGUCUCCGCUUGCCAGGCAGCUCACAGCAGGAUCCAUCUCCAACCAGAGACUUCUUAGGUCCGACUUGGAUGGACGACACGUGCAUUUGUGUCUCAGAUCCAUCGCCCUCGAUCCUCGAAAGCAAGAUCCAUCAGGCAACAGGGCGUUUGCUGGAGCUUUGCGACACCCAUGGACUGACACCCAACCUGAAUGCAGGCAAGACAGAGGCCUUACUUGUCUUUCAAGGGCGGGGCUCCAGGAAGUUGAAGAUCAGAUAUUUUGGCCCCUCUUCCGACAAGUCCCUGCUCAUUGUUGGCGAACGAGAGCCUCGCAGAGUGCGUGUGGUAGCCCAAUACACUCAUCUUGGAUGCGUGAUGCACCACAAAGGCGAUAGCCGUGUUGAGGCUCGCCGACGGAUUGCAGUGGCGCAACAGGCCUUUUCCCAGCACAGGAAGCAUCUGCUGCAGAAUCCAAUUCUGCCCUUACAUCGUCGCCUGGAGCUUUUCCGCACGCUUGUAAUGAGCAGAUUUUGCUAUGGAACGGAAUCCUGGACGCUAUCUGACAACAGGAACAAGGAGUACAUCCACAAUGCUCUUAUGCGACUGUUCCGGCGCUUGCUGCCACGGGCACAUGAUGAACACCUCACUGAUGAGGACAUCCUGACACAGGUUGGCAUCAACAGCCCCACGGAACUGCUCCGACUGGCUCGCCUUCGAUAUUUGGGCACUUUGCACAAGUGCGCUGAUCUCGUGCCGUGGGGGCUCCUGAACAGCGACUCUCAAUGGAUCACACUCAUCCAAGAUGAUCUUGGGUGGGCUUGGCGCCAACUUCGUGGAGCUUCAGGACUACCUGAUCCCCUUCAAUCCUUGGCGGCCUGGCAGAAUAUUUGGGUCUUUCAUCCAUCGUAUUGGAAACGACUCAUUCGCCGAGCCGGAGAACAUGCGAUCCUCCAGAGACAACGACAUCAUCGAGUUGAAGGUUUUCACUUGGCAUUUCUGGAGCUUUUCCGUGAAGCCCGAGCAGAUAGCUUUGUGAGAAAGGAGGAUUUUCAUGCUCCUGAAGCUGUCAAUCCAUCAGAUGAGGUCAGCCAUGCCUGUAUGACCUGCAGACAAGUUUUCCGCAGCAAGGGGGGCAUUGGUGCCCACCUUUUCAAAAGACAUGGCACCAUCUCCAGGCUUCGCACACUGUUUGACACCACCUGCUGCGGACACUGCUUGAAAGAGUACCAUACAUUCAGCAAACUGCACGCACAUUUGCGAUACUCUCUCUUGUGCAGGGUUGCACUCUGGGGCAGCAGGCGACGCUACAACCCGACAGGCGGCUCAGGUUCUGCAGCAGAUCGCGCGUUAUGCCAACAGCAUGAUGGACUACUCCCACCAUUGCAGGCAGCAGGACCCAAGCUUCAAGACCAACACAACAUUGAACUCCCAGAUUUCGAUUUACUUCUGGCUGAGCAGAUCUACCUUGACAUUCUGGAGAAUGAAGGCAACGAAGAAGUUGAGCUAGUCGUCAGAAGGACCAUUGAACAACACCCUGUUACCUGGGCUGUUUGCCGUGCGACCCUGGACUACUUGCGGGGGGCCAUGACGGAGCAGGACAUUCAGGCCCUCAAUAUCGGGGACUUUGACAUCAAGCGCCUCCUUCGAGACCUUCAAGAUGAGCGGGCGUGGCCUUUUCUCAGGGAGCCAGCAGUCGGUCAGCAGCACCCAUCUGGGAAACCUUCGCUCGAAGAGAUUGAGCAGAUGUGUUUGGAAGAAAGCAGUGGUGGGCCCAAACGUGAGCCUUUCUGGCCGGUCCCUCGACCUAUGGCCCGUGAAAGGUUCAUCAUCCAUGCCUUCUCGGGCCGGCGGCGGCUCGGCGAUUUUCAGCAUUUCAUCGACCAGGCGCAGCAGAGCUUCCCUGAGGUCACCAUCUAUACCAUCUCGGUGGAUUUAAUGGUAGACCCCGUCUGGGGAGAUGUGUCCAAGGAAUCGGUGAGGCAGUUUUGGCUGCAUGCGGUCCGCCAGCGCCAGGUUGUAGGCGCGAUGGCCGGGCCGCCCUGUGAGACUUGGUCACAGGCCCGUGGCCAAGAACUUCCAGGUCUGCAGACUGGCUCAGGUCGCAAAGGACCGCGCGUCCUGCGUGAACAAGACUGCCUAUGGGGCAGGGCGGCGCUUGCCUUAAGAGAAGUCCGCCAGUUGGACGUUGGGAACCUUCUCCUGCUCUUCACCCUCGAGUUGCUGAUUACCCUUGCCUUGGAAGGCGGGGUGGGCGGACUCGAACAUCCAGGCCCUCCAUCUGAUCCUACGAAAGCGAGCAUUUGGCGGCUGCCGCUGAUGAUCUUUCUCUGUGAGUGGCUGGAAUUCAAUUUUUUGGAGGUUUCCCAAGGCCUUUUUGGGGCUCCAAGUAGGAAGCCAACGGGCCUGCUUCUCCUGAAUAUGUCACGCAUGGUGCCAGAACUUAGAAAGUGGCAACUGACCACUUCCAUGCCCCGUGGCACAAGCAUUGGCAAAACCGCCACAGGAGAAUGGGCCACAGGGAUUCUCAAAGAGUAUCCGCCCGCCUUUUGCGCAGGCUUAGCUAACGGUUUUGUAGCCACGCUCCGAUCCCAUCCAACGGACUUGGAAUGUGAGAUCCUCAACGAUUUCCGAAGGCAGGCAGCACAGAUGGUGGUCACUCACCAAGGCCCUUGUAUAGGCCCGGAUUUCGCUGGCUGA